AAGAUGUUUGUUCCUCCCCUUAAAACUCUCGUGCGUGCGCAGCAAGACUUAAUUUACAGAAGGUGCUUUGGACUAGCAAGCUAAAGACACUUUAACGAUUAAAGUACUGUAGCAUGCUGCCCAUUCAAAGACUAAAGGCCCAGUAGAAACACAAUGGAAGAGUCCCGCUACCUGAAGCUGGGAGGACGAGAGAGUGGCACGGCGGCAGAUGAUGGUGAGACCUGGAGGAACCAGGACGCCGGCCGAGGGUACAGUCCCAAGCCUGACCGGGGGGGUCUCGGGAAGAGAGGCGGUCACGGGGGGUUCUACCGUGCCAGCCCCAAAAAGGGAGGCAUGGGGCCCCUUAGCAGCUCCCCUGGUGUAGGAGUGGGGGGUGUUCCGAAGGGGGGGCACAGUCCCUCUCCGAGGGAGGGUUUCCGGAGGUACCCAGAGAACAUGCAGGCUUUGGGCCAGGAGGAGAACUGGAGGAGAACGUCUCGUGGGGAGGACCUGGGGGAGGAGCAGGGGAACACGCCUCACAGUUCCGGGGGCAGGAACCGUAGGAACCGUGACCGGAGGCGUGGUCUAGGUGAGGAGGAUCGUGGGCCGGUUGUGGAUGAGUCUGUACUGUCAGCCAAAGAGCUGUUGGGACUGAAACAGGCGGAGGAGAAGAUUGGCCGGGAGGAAAUCUUCCGUCUGAAGAAGAGGUCCCGCAGUAACCCCACUGCAGUGUACAGCUGCUCACUGUGUGACGUUCUGCUGGACUCUGUCUCUGCAGCUCACAGACAUGUCAGAGACAAGUGGCACAAAAGGAGAGCCAAGGAGCGGCGUGAAGAAGCCAUGUUGACAGAGAUCAUGCCACCCAUUCCAGAGCAUGUGGUGGCUGUGGGCGUGGCUCUGGAGGGCGUGCUCUGGGAGCAAGGGAUGAGUGACCAGGAUGUAGAGAUCAGACGACAGAUCGUCUCCAACAUGCAGGAAGUACUAACAGCCGUCCUGCCAGAGGUGAAACUCAGGCUUUAUGGGUCUUCUUGUACAAAGUUUGGUUUCAAGGACUCUGAUGUCAACAUCGACAUCCAGUUCCCUCGUCAUAUGCAUCAGCCAGAGGUUCUGUUGCUGGUUCAGGAGAGUCUAUCUGUGAACCCUCUGUAUGUGGACCUGGAAGCUGACUUCCAUGCCAGAGUGCCUGUGGUCAUCUGUAGAGACAAAAACAGUGGUCUGGUGUGUAAGGUGAGUGCAGGAAAUGACAAUGCCUGCUUGACCACCUCCUUCCUGUCUGAGCUGGCCAGUCGGCAGCCUCUCCUACUGCCCCUGGUUCUAGGCUUCAGAUACUGGGCCCGGAUCUGUCAUAUUGACCAGGCGGAGGAGGGCGGUCUCCCGGCAUACGUCCUGGCUCUUAUGGUCAUCUACUUCCUGCAGCAGAGGAAGCUGCCUGUCCUUCCUGCCUACCUGGGACAUGAGAUCAAGGAGUUCUCCAUCUGUAGGCUGGGUGACUUCAGCCUGAUGUCCUUGGAUGAUGGCUAUGUCCACUGGAGUUACUGUCCGGUCUCCAAAGACUCCUGCUCACCUCCACCGGACAAUGGCUUCAAGAAGGGCAAGGCUCCCCUGGUGUUCCCGACUCCUCCCUCUACUCCUGCCGUGGGGCUGCUGUGGGUGGAGAUGCUGCGCUUCUAUUCGCUCGAGUUCAACAUGGCGGAGUGUGUCAUCAGCGUGCGCACCAGCCUCAUCCUAUCACGGGAGGCCAAGGACUGGCCCAAGAAACGCAUCGCUGUGGAGGAUCCUUUCGCUGUGAAGAGGAAUGUGGCCCGUACGUUGAACAGCCAGCAGAUGUAUGAGUACAUCCUCCACUGCCUCAAAAACACCUACAAAUACUUUGCCCUGCCUCUCAGCAUACCCCCAGGCAACCACAAGACAGAAGGGCCACGAGUAGCCAAUCACAAGCCAGGGCCCAGCAAGGAGGCUCCAAGUGACAUGAGCCGCGUCCACUCAGUGCUGAGCAGUCUGAGCCUGGAAUCUCAGGCAUCCAAUAAGCUGAAGGGAAAGGCAGGCCUCCAGACGGACUCUGACUGUAUCAUUGAGGAGGAGCAGGAAGAGGAGACUCCUUCAGACUCCGACAAUGGAAGAGAAAAGGAGGAGGAGGGCUUGGGGAAAAACAGUCAGUCAGAAGAGGAGGAUGAUGAGGUAGAGACGGAUGAGGAGUUAGAUGAGGAAGUUUAUCCCAGACAUCAUCUAGACAGCAUCACCACAGAGGACGAAGAGCUGUUCCCGUUGGACGAGGUCUCGGGAGAGGAGCUUCUAUCUGAUGAUGAGGGCCCAGACCUCAACACUCCUGGGUCUUUGGACGAAGAGGAGGAGGAAGCCCUGCCCAAACAGGAAGUGGCAGACAACAGAAUCGAAGCAGACAGUCUUCUAUGUUAUGAGUUCAACAAACAGGCCUUCACUCGAGGCAAGGCCCACGUGGUGGUGUGUGGUGUGUGUAAGAGGGACGGUCACCUGAAGAAGGAUUGCCCGGAGGACUUCCAGAGGGUUCAACUGGACCCUCUUCCUCCUAUGACUCAGGCCUUCCUCAAAACACUGAACUCUGUCUGCCAGCAGUGCUACCGGGACUUUGCCCCAGAUGAGGUGGAGAUUGGAGUGAGAGAACACAUUCUUCAGGACCUGGAAAGCUUUGUCAAAAGACAGUUCACAGGUGCCAGGCUACGGUUAUUUGGUUCAUCCAAGAAUGGAUUUGGCUUCAAGCAGAGUGACCUGGACAUCUGUAUGGUUCUUGACGGACAGGAGACUGCUGACGGUCUGGACUGCAUCAGUAUCAUAGAGUCUCUGGCCAGGCUGCUGAGGAAACAUCCAGGCCUGAGAAACAUCCUGCCCAUCACCACGGCGAAGGUUCCCAUAGUGAAGUUCUACCAUGUUAGAACCAGCCUGGAAGGAGACAUCAGCCUCUAUAACACUCUGGCCUUGCACAACACUCGUUUGUUGGCAUCUUAUGCUGCCAUCGACCCCCGAGUCAAGACACUCUGCUAUGUCAUGAAGGUGUUCGCCAAGAUGUGUGAUAUAGGUGACGCGUCUCGUGGGAGCUUGUCGUCUUAUGCCUACACCCUGAUGGUGCUGUUCUACCUCCAGCAGAGGAACCCUCCAGUUAUCCCUGUGCUCCAGGAGAUCUAUGUUGGGGAGAAGAAGCCAGAGGUUCUAGUGGAUGGGUGGAACGUCUAUUUCUACGAAGAGCUGGACAACCUGGCCUCCCACUGGCAGCAGAGGAACAUGGAGUCUGUAGGAGCUCUGUGGCUUGGCCUUCUCCAGUUCUACACAGAGACCUUUGACUUCAGAGAGCAUGUGAUUAGCAUUAGACAGCGAGCUGCUCUGACCACCUUUAACAAACAGUGGACCUCCAAGUACAUCGUCAUCGAGGACCCUUUCGAUCUGAAUCAUAACCUGGGAGCCGGUCUAUCCAGGAGAAUGACCAACUUCAUCAUGAAGGCAUUUAUCAAUGGUAGAAGAGUUUUUGGAACACCAGUCAAAAACUACCCUGCAGAGUACCCCAGUCCCAUGGAGUACUUCUUUGACCCUGAAGUGUUGACCGGUGGGGAGCUGGCUCCCAACGACCGCUGUUGUCGGAUAUGUGGCAAGAUAGGACACUUCAUGAAAGACUGCCCCAUGCGCCGGAAGUCUCGUCAGCGCCGGGAGCAGGAGGACUGGGCGGAGGGGAGACGGGAUUGGGCAGAGAGUGAGGGUUGCAGAGAGCGUCGUCAGGGUGACCGCUGGAGGAGACAGGAAGAUAAACGAUGCUGCUUCCUUUGUGGGAGCCAUGCCCACAUCAAGAAGGACUGCCCCCAAUACAAAGGACCAGCAGGUGCCAAAGCAGAAAACUCAUUCUCCUCCUCCCCCUCAUCUUCUAGCCACAUGAGGAAUUUAAGAGAUAGAGAAAGACAGGGUUCCCCCCAGCAGGAGGAAAAGAAGAAAAAGAAGCAACAACAGAAUGUGAUUUUGAGUCCACAAGCAGUGUGACAUUAAGAUAAUUCACCAAAAGAUAAAAAAUGGCUCCAUGGGCAGCAGAGCACUGUGCCGCCCUGGUGUGAGGAGAAACCCUGUGGACUGAGGAGAGAGAGAGGCGCAGUACCAACCCCACACAUUUGGGUUCUACUCUUCCCCCCUUGAGAACCUCUAGUCUACCGGCCGGAACCUAGGACACGCCCUUUUGGAACCCUGCCAUGAACCCCCCCCCCCAGAUGGUGACAUAAUCUGAGUCCCACAAAGACUCUGUCCCCAAUGGCACCCUAAUCCUUGUAUUAUCCACUCUAAGUAAUGCACUAAAUAGGGUGUCAUGGGUGGAGAUGGUAUUUUAUGUUUUAACCACCCCUUUUUAAAGUGUUUAACUGAAAAGCCAUUUUGCAUGUUCCUCUUCUGUUAGCUCGCAGGGGAUUUUGUUUUAAUUUUUUAUGGUUGUUUUUUAAAAUUUAAGAUUAUUUGUUGAUUUGUCUCAUGCACUGACGUCCCCAUCUCCUCCAUGGUGGACCUUGGAUGAGGUCUUCUGGUGGGCCAUGGAUGAGGUCUUCUGGUGGGCCAUGGAUGAGGUCUUCUGGUGGACCUUGGAUGAGGUCUUCUGGUGGGCCGUGGAUGAGGUUGAAGCUGUGGCUGUUUGUGUCUCUGUAUCUCUGUGUGCUCCUGUCUGCCUGCUUCUGGGGUGCUGAGUCUGUAUUUUAGAGGGGGAAGAAGGCUCUGGAACCUGAUGGACUCUACAGGUGUUAACUGACAGUUUGUAUUAAACUCCAUAGGAGAGCAUCCACAGUGGGUUAGAGAUAUCAUCUGGGCCCCUUCUUGCCCUCUAAACACUGUUGGUGUCAUACAUUCAUCAUUAUUCAAGCAGGGACAUAUGUGCUGAGUAUAUGGCUCUGUAUCUGGGGUCCCUAAACAGACCCCUGGUCCCUGACCCCCCUGUGCAGGGGGUAUGGGAGGGCAAAGGGAUACAAUAAACAUGCUUUUGUUUUGAUUAUGCGUAUUGUGGCCACAGUGCCUCUGAUUGGUCGGCCUGGUAGCUGUAAUGGAAGGUUCCACCCCCUGGCAUGGGUGGAUGUUUGCUGCUAGUGCUCUGUCCAUAGAGAUGGUUGGAGGACUGUGGGAAAAGGUGUUUUAAAUUGAAGUUGCCAGUGACUGCAUUGACCAUUUUAAUUUAGUUGACAGGGAUGGGCUUGCAUCUUGAUUGGCGGAUUGCUUCUGAUGUCCAGUAUGGUUGUGUGAUCACAACUGCCAUCAGGAGGUGUCAGCCUAUAGGAAUACAGAAAGUAACUACAUCAACCUGGAAGGAGAUGGCCUCAUUGGUGCUUCCCAUGCUGGAAAAUAAUUUUUUAGUGGCACAGAAACACAGAUCUCUCUCCAUCUGUAUGGUUUUGUCUAAGACCUGCUUAUCAAAUACACUUUCUUUACAAAUAAACUUUCUUUACAAAAAGAAA